UCGAGCUCAGUCGAGUCCUGUAGCUCGUACGGUAAAGAUCGUCGCUUGGUUUUCCUCCGUUUUUCACAACACGAUCGUUAUCCGGUUAUUCUGGAAGUGUAAUUUCUUUCUCUCUCCCUGUAGUAAAACGCGUUGUAGACACUGCAUCAGAAAAGUUCUGAACGACGACAAACGCUGCUGGUGCGCAAAAUGAGGCGUAUCGAGUUAAGCGCAGCGUUGCUGCUGCUAUCGGUGUUCUUGGUGCAAGGCACAAGGGCUCAAAUCAUGAACGAAGAUUCGCUGAUGGACGACGAUUCGGCCGGGGAAGAAUUCGACGAAGAGGACGAGGCACUACUCAGGCAGAUCGAGGCCCAGCACGUUCAGCGAGAGUACGACCGGGAGGAUGCUCUGGCCCGAGAACUUGCCGCCAAAAUAGCUGCCGAGCACUACAAUUUCCCAGAGGACAUCGAAAAUGCUCCCCGGAUGGUUGAUCCGUGCAAGGGAGUCCGAUGCGGUGCCGGAAGAAUCUGCCAGGCCGAGGGAACCGAAGCCAAGUGCGUUUGUAUCCCGGAGUGCCCCUCGGAGGUGGAUGUACGCCGCAAGGUCUGCACAAACUUGAACGAGACCUGGGAUUCGGCCUGUGAAGUCCAUCGUCAGCGCUGUCUCUGCAAUACGGAUGAUCCGCGCUGUCGAGGACCGGAAGUACAUCACGUGCACAUCGAUUACUACGGACAGUGCCGAACCAUGCCGGAUUGUUCCGAGAACGAUCUGUCCGACUUCCCGAGGCGUAUGCGCGAGUGGCUGUUCAACGUGAUGCGCGACUUGGCCGUCCGGAACGAGCUGCCGGAAGCGUAUCUGGAGAUGGAACACGAAGCCGAAUCCAACAUGACCAAGCGAUGGACCAAUGCAGCGAUCUGGAAGUGGUGUGACCUGGACGGGUACCCGAACGAUAAUUCCGUCUCGCGGCAUGAACUUUUCCCGAUCCGAGCCCCGCUGAUGGCCCUGGAGCACUGCAUCGCUCCGUUCCUGGAGAGCUGCGAUCCCAACGACGAUCACAGGAUCACCCUGCAGGAGUGGGGCAAGUGCUUGGAGCUGGAGGAGGAGGAGUUGACGGAACGUUGUGCCAAAAUUAACAAAGAGAACGAAUUUGAAAAGAUUGACCUGGAGAUCGCGGAUGAAUAAGAGGACAACGGUGACCAAAAGCUGUUUAUCCUUGCGUUAUAGAGUUUAAUUUUUCCAAAAGGCGUCGUCGACUCUCUAUAAGUAAACUGCAUUUUAGGCUUCUUCAUUUUUUUUUUGUCCUUAAAUAGACCAACUAUGAAAUUCCCACUUGUAAUAUUUUUGAAGAGGCAAUUGCAUACAUGGAUGUAAUUUUAAAGUGGCUAAAAUGAAAAUUGUAUGAUUAUUACGCAUAGAAUAUCAAUAAAAACAACGAAUAUUCUUUCUGUA